AUGGAUUAUAAGUCAGUGGAUGAGUACAAUUCGGUCUUGUUUAAGACGGUCUCGAUGCUGAGACUUUGUGGUGAAGUAGUAACCGAAGAAGAGUUACUUGAGAAAACAUUCUCUACGUUUCAUUCCUCAAACAUAAUCUUGCAGCAGCAGUACCGAAUGAAAGGCUUCGCCACAUACACUGAUAUGAUCUCGUGCCUGCUACUUGCCGAGGCAAACAAUGAGCUCCUGAUGAAGAACAGUGAAGCUAGACCUGUCGGAUCUGCCCCAUUACCAGAGGCCAAUGAAGUUGAAAAGAAAAAUCCCAACGAGUGCAAUUACAUCCAGAAUGAUAAGAGAUCACACGGCAAAGGCCGUGGUGGAUACAGAAACCGUGACAAUUACUCGAACGGUCGAGAUAGGUACUUGGCCGACCGGAAAGGAAACCACAAUAACCGUGGUCGUGGUUCCAAUACCGGCCGUGGCCGAGGUGGUUAUGGACGAGGUCGAGAGAGUCUUAAGGACAAGAACCCGGAGGCUCAUAUGGUCCAUGAUUCCGGUUAUGAGGCUGAUAAAGAAUUCGAUGUUGCAAAUGACGACCUGAUGGAUUUUGACACUUCUGAUUGUCUCAAAGACUAA